GUAGACUGUACCCAAAAGUUCUGUUCUACCCAAGAGUUCUGUUUCUUGUAGUGAUAUAAUGUAUGUCAGCAAUAAAAAUGUCAGCAGUGUAAAAUUUUAAUUUAUAAAUAACUACUAUACUAUAAGAAAUAUUAAAAUCACAAAUAAUCGAAAUGAGUUCGGGUUUUAUUUCUGAAGCUGAAAUUGCUGAACAACGAAAGGUUCGUCAGGAAGAGUGGAAUAAGAUCCGAACUGUUGAUCAACCAUUAGUUCCUCCAGAAGAACCCUACGACUCAAAAUCUUUAUAUGAACGUUUACAAGAACGCCGUAAUGAACGAGAUAUUGAGUAUGAAGAAGCUCACAAAUUCAAAAAUAUGAUAAAAGGUUUAGAUGACGAUGAAGUUGAAUUUUUGGAUUUAGUUGACAGAACGAAAUUUGAAGAAGAACGCAAAAAAAAUUUGGAAGAAGAGAAAGAAAUGCGUGAUUUUAAAGCAGCCGUUUCUUCCUUACAUGAAGAAACUUUACAUCAUAAAUUAAUGCAAGAAUUACAAGAACCACAGCAUGCUAGCAAAAUUUCUUCACAGAGUGCAAAAAGCGUACGACUGAAAAUAUUAUCUGGAAUUGUAAAGAAAGCUAAUAAAUCAAAUGUUGACACCGAAGUAAAAACUAAGCAAAAUGUAAAGGAUGAAAAACAAUUAGACGUGGAAAGUGACACAAAAAAUAAAAUCGAACAAAUACCUUCCACCAAUGUAAGUACAAUUAGUGUGGAAGAUAAUUUUACAAAAUGCAUUCAAAGUGAAAUUGAUGUCAGUAAUAAAAAUAUGCAAUGUAUUGGAAUAUUACCUGGUUUAGGAUUUUAUGCAAAUUCUAGUGAUAGCGAAUAUAGUUCUGAUACAGACGAGGAACAUGAUAAAAAGAAAAUGAAGUAUGAUAUUUUGGGCCGACAAAUUGUUUGUUCUGAGGAUACAAAUAAAAGUUAGAUUGUAAAAAUUAUCUCCUGUAUUAUUAAUCAUGUAAACUAAAUCUUUAAAUUUUUAAAUAAUAAACAAAGUAUAUAAAGUA